UCUGUGUUGACGACAGCUUUCACUGUGUAGAAAUCUCCAGGCAACGGAUAUCUGCUAACUGAACGCUGCAAGAAUGUAAUGUCAUCUUUUUAAGCAGUAAGGAAACAGUCAAAACGUGUGGUCUCUCGAUAAUCGAAGGCAGUUACCGGAGGCAUAUUUGCGUCGUGUAAGUUUCUCCGCGUCGUAACAUGAAGGCUGCAGUUUUCAACAGACUUGUUCUGUUCGCAAUAUUAUGGUUGCCCAAGUUGAAUGCACAAACACCGGCAGUGUCCGCGUUUCCCUUCGCCGAGAACGAGUCAUUAAUUGACCGGAGUAUUUCAGCGAUACCCACCGAACCACCAGCAGCGAAGAUACCGUUGUUCCUUGGCGGGUUCUUUGCACUUCCGGGCGGGGGAUGGGACGGCAGUGUCACGCUGGUUGCGGUGGAAAUGGCGCUGGAGAGCAUCAACGCCUAUCCCGAUAUAUUGACAGAAUACGAACUGAAAAUGGUGUGGAAUGACUCCCGGUGUGACGCCGGUCUGGGAACCAGACUCUUCUUCGAGCACAUCCGGUUGCCUCCUCAGAAACUGAUGCUGAUAGGGCCCGCCUGUUCCACCACCGCCCAGGCAGUGGCACAAACGUCAUUCUACUGGAAUCUCAUCACGAUGUCCUACUCCGCUGCGUCCUCUGCGCUCUCCAACAGGGUGGUGUUUCCAUAUUUCUACCGUACGUACAUGCCCGACCCAAUGCUCAACCGGGCCCGUAUACGCCUUAUCAAGGAGUUCGGCUGGCAGAGGGUAGCCACCAUUCACGAGAAUCAAGAUCUCUUUUCUUUGGCCAUCGAUGAUAUGAUCAAUCUGUUGAAGGCAGACAAUAUCACUUUGAUUUCCUCGGAGUCAUUUGAUGAGGAUCCCACCAACCAGGUUGCCAAUCUCAAGGCUCUCGAUGCACGUAUUAUUAUUGUCAACAUGUAUGAGAGCAAGGCACGACGAGUCAUGUGUGAGGCUGCGAGGCAGGGUAUGAUUGGUCCUGGCUAUGUGUGGUUUAAUCUCGGCUGGUGGAGUUCCAGAUGGUGGAAACUUGACGAUCCGACGGUAAAGAAGUGCACGACAGCUGAGGUCAAACGCGCCGUGGAAAAGUCGCAUUAUAUUGGUUUCGAGAGCACAUUACUGGGGAAAGAUGACACCGUCACUGUGGCCGGAAUUACACCAUUAGAAUUUGAUCUUGAGCUUCGAAGGAGGCUAACUUUGCCGGAAAACAGUCUGUACAACUACAACGGCAUUGCCAGUUUCGCCUACGAUGCGGCCUGGGCACUUGCACUGGCACUGAAUGAAUCGGCAGAGAUUUUGAAGACGAAGAAUUUUUCUGACGGAAGCUCACGUCGUCUGGAAGACUUUACCUAUGAUGACAACGAGAUGAGUAAGGUGUUCUUCGAUUCGUUACACGGGACAAAGUUCUACGGUACCUCGGGUCCUGUCAGCUUUCUGGGAGCUGAUCGAAUCUCAGUUACACAGAUAGAACAACUAAGAGUUGAUUGCUGGCCGAAUUGGAUUAAGCAUGACGGUAGAUGUUAUAUGUUUGUCAGCGACUCAGCGAGCAGCGAGGAAGCUGCGACACAUUGUCGUGCCAACGACGAAAGUCAGUUGGCGUCGGUGGACACCGACAAUCACACCGAGAUCGACUUUCUCAUGCGAACACUGAAGUCGUUAGUGGCCAACAAGACGACCAAUGACACAAAGUGGAUGGUUAAUAUGGUCUCCAACUCAACAAAUUCAACAUGCUCAGCACUGGAAAUAUCUGAUGAUGAUCCCAGAAUUGUUCAAGUCCACUGCAACCUUUUACUUCCGUUUAUUUGCAAAGAUGAAGCUGAAUAUAUUGAGGCGGUCGUAGGGGAAUACGACACAGCAAGUGAUGUGUUGAGACUUACAUCCGACCUUCUGUGGCCAGAUGGGGAAGUGCCACUUGAUAGGACACCAGUUAUUCAGAUUCACCGAAUAGAAACAUACGUAGGCGUCAGUUUUGCUGUGUUUCUCGGCCUGUCUUCCUUGGCCGGUAUUGGAAUUCUGCUGUCCGUAGUCUUUCUUAUUUUCAAUCUUCGCUACCGUUCUCUGAGAAUCGUUCGGAUGUCAAGCCCGAAUCUUAAUAAUAUUAUCCUGAUCGGCACAGUCAUCGUCUAUACUUCCGUUGUUCUGUUUGGAAUUGAUAUGAAUUUGGUGGCUGAAGAAUAUCUCGUGUUUUUUUGUUAUACAAGAGUGUGGCUUAUGGCCGUUGGAUUCGUCUUAGCAUUUGGAGCAAUGUUUAGUAAAACCUGGAGAGUCCAUAAAGUCGUUGCACGGAAAACGCCCAAGAGAAAGGUUGUGCAAGAUCGGCAGCUGAUUGCCAUGGUGGGUGUUUUCCUUCUUAUUGAUGUUGCCAUCCUGGUACCAUGGCAACUCAUCUUUCCGUGGCAUCUGGAUAGAAAAUAUCUGCGGGAGAGGCUCCACCCAGAGAAUGAAACAGUGAUACUUGUUCCCUACAUCACGACAUGCACCGGGGAUUAUUACCUAUAUUGGAGUAUUGCUCUGUAUUCCCUCAAAGGGCUGCUACUGGUUUUCGGCGCCUUCCUGGCUUGGGAGACUCGUCAGGUGACUAUCCCAGCCUUAAAUGACAGCAAACUUAUCGGCAUAAGCGUCUACAAUGUUGUUAUAUUAUGCAUCGUGGGUCUCGCCAUCAACCUGGUCCUGGGCCAAGACCCGCAGACGCUGUACAUCUUUAACUCGGCUAUCUCGAUCUUCUGCACCACGUUGACGAUUCUUAUUGUGUUUGUACCAAAGGUGAUUGCUGUGCACAAAAACCCCAUGGAGGACCCCAUGCGGGAAUCAACCGUUAAAAGUGUGUCUUGUAGUUCUCCGGAUAGUACGAAUAGCAACAGAGAAAUGACUGAGGAAAAUCGCAAACUGAAAGAAAGAGUUGCCAAGCUUGAAAAGUGUCUGAAAGAAAUUCAACAAAACAGUGGCAAUGUCAGCGAGUCACAACGGCGUAACAACCUUCCAAGUGGACCCUCUCAUAGCCAGAUGAAGAUGCGAACAUGCAACCUGGGCAUGUGGUGUUGUGGUCUAAUCUGUGGCUGCUCACCGGGCGAGGUCCACCGCUCCGCCGGAGGACGACGCCGACGGCAGAGUGACUCGGCCCACGCCGCUCACGUCAACGAAGUGGACCUGUCACUGGAAAUAACGGCAAGCACGUCAGUUGCACCUGUUGCCGAUGAUCUAAAUCUCGCAGCGCAGUCGUAAGUGCGAAGUUGGGAAAAAUGAUCAUUGGAAAGUCGCCUAGCAAUAAUAACGUGGAAAAAAUGGGAAAAUGAAGUUGAAACUGGAUGGUCUUUCUGCGCAUGCGUAAUUCAUUCAGGCGCGGCCUUCACCUCGUAGUGACUGCAGGUAAUGGCCCCACAGCCUCUGAAUAUUCUUUGGUUGUCAUGUUUCCUGUCUUCUUUACCCUCAUUACGAUCCUCAAAUUACUCGAAAUAAAUCCUUUCGAGUGCAGUCACGGCGCUUGGUUUCCAUGGUUUCAAUCAGCACCACAUAGACGCGUGGAAAUGGCAUGUUGCUAAUGAGGGGUAUUUGUUAUCGUUACUUCCGCCUUUUCAAACAGGCAGCAGACAUGGCUGACAUUAGCAAUACACGGAUAUUUAAAUGUACUCAAGAUUCUGAAUUUUAACCAAAAAGUACAGAAACUCACAUGAUUUCAGGAAUCUGGACGGCUGAUUGUGAUUACCAGGUCUGUAGUCCCAAAUGUAUUCCUUCACUUAUACGCCAGCUUGAUUUUCAAUUUCCGAACCCCUGUGUGCAGUAAUGCAAGCUCUAGGGCGAUACAUUUUAAUUACAAAGUACUCAUUUCAACGUGGAAUUUUCUGCAGCCAGAAAACACUUUACUGGUAGCAGAGAGAAAAGUCAAUCAGAUUAUGUGCAGUUUGGGCACAGUAUUCAACGAGUCGUAGCUAUUGGUUUUCAUGCGUAGGGCUCCUCUUAGAUCUCGAGGUUCCCAGCCCAGCAUGAAUUCCUGCUUGUCCAUAUCCAAGCGCCUUGUGAGGGAGGAAAACGAUACGAGUCCUAAGCCUAAUUGGCCUCCGAGUCGAUCUGUAUCUGGAGCCUGCUUUCCCAGAGUUUGCGCAUGCAUAGUCCUAGCACUAGCAGGGUUUACCCGUUAGGCUAAGGUACUGUUGGUAUUUUAGGCCUUGAAAAUUAAAUGCUGUCAAAUUAAAGACUUUCAAAAAGCCAAUCACUGCUCGUAUAAGCGACGGUGCGUCCCAACGGUAUUCUAGCGCAUGCGUAGUACGUAAUCACAGUGUUUUACGUGAAGUACAAUGUACAUAUAUGCGUGUAAGGCAUGUUCUCGUGCUUUCUCUUUCCUUUCAAAAAUAAAACUUCUCCAAAUCCAUGAAGAGGAUAAAGAAAAGAAUGUUCAACAUCAAUUAUGCUUAUUCUUAACAAGACUUUCAGAAAAAAGUGAGUUUAGGAUUAAUUGCAUGAGGGUAUAUUUUCUCUCCUGGUGUGUAGGCCUAUAAAAAUGAACAUUGCAAUUUUUAAGAAUUAAAGAUUGAAAAUUUUACCUCCAAUUAUUCAAAAUGAACAUUUGUACGACUAAUUUCAAAUUUAAAUUGAGUUGUACUCUCAUUUAGUAUCCAGCAGGAUGUGUAUCACUAUAUGUUGUUCUGUUAGCUGCGUAAGAUUAUUCACACCAUUGGUGUAGCCACGGGGGGCCUGGGGAGCACGCCCCCCCCCCCACAAAUUACUGGUGCCCCCCCACAAAAAGCGGA